AUGAACAUUUUAAAGUAUCAAAAGAAGUACCCGGUUCUCGACCAGUCGGACCUCUUCAAGGUGAUCGAGGACUUCCGUGCCAUUGACCUCGAGGACAAGGGCUGGGUAGCGAAGCAGAAGGUGAUCGAAUACGCAGCCAAGAGUGAGGGGACCUACGAUGAGGUUCGUGAGACGAUGAAAAAUGUCAGCGUCGAUGCGUCUGGCCACGUUGAGUUGGACGAUUACGUGGAGCUCAUUGCGAAGUUGCGCGAAGGCUCGCGCUCGCUCCAGGUGCCACAGGCGGCACACGAUAGUGUGUCUCCGGCCGCGACCGGGCGUGUCGGCACAGGUCACAAGACGCGCAUUGUCGUGGGUGGGCGUAGUGCCGAUACGACUCACUCUAUCAAUGAGGAGGAGCGCACGGAGUUCACGCGCCAUAUCAACAGCAUCCUCGCGGGCGACCCUGACGUCGGGGACCGUCUUCCGUUCCCAACUGACUCGUUCCAGAUCUUUGACGAGUGCCGUGAUGGGUUGGUGCUCUCGAAAUUGAUCAACGACUCGGUGCCCGACACGAUUGACACGCGUGUGCUCAAUUUCCCGACGAAGAAACCGUUAAACAACUUCACUAUGAACGAAAACGCUAAUAUCGUGAUCAACUCUGCCAAGGCGAUCGGCUGUGUGGUGGUUAAUGUGCACUCCGAUGACAUCACCGAGGGCAAGGAACACUUGAUCUUGGGGCUCAUCUGGCAGAUUAUCAGACGUGGUCUCUUAUCCAAGAUCGACAUCAAGCUCCACCCUGAGUUGUAUCGUUUGCUCGAGGAUGAUGAGACGUUGGAGCAGUUUUUGCGCUUGGCGCCGGAACAGAUUCUUCUCCGCUGGUUUAACUACCACUUGAAGGCGGCCCAGUCGCCGCGUAGGGUGGCCAACUUCUCCAAGGAUGUGUGUGACGGUGAGAACUAUACCGUCUUGUUGAACCAGUUAAAGCCGGCAGAAUGCUCCCUCGCGCCGUUAAAGACGGCGGACCUUAACCAGCGUGCAGAACAGGUCUUGCAGAACGCGGAAAAGAUCGGCUGCCGCAAAUACUUGACCCCGACGUCACUUGUGGCCGGGAAUCCAAAGUUAAACUUGGCGUUUGUGGCGCACUUGUUCAACACCCAUCCAGGAUUAGAUCCUAUCGAGGAAUUUGAGGCGCCGGAGAUUGAGGAAUUCGACGCGGAAGGCGAACGUGAGGCCAGAGUGUUUACGCUCUGGUUGAAUUCGCUCGACGUGGACCCAGCGAUUGUUUCGCUCUUUGAGGACUUGAAGAACGGUACCGUUUUGUUACAAGCCUUUGAGAAGGUCAUGCCGGGCUGCGUCAACGCGAAACGUGUUAACAAGGUGCCUGCUUCCGGCGAAUUAUCGCGCUUUAAGGCAUUGGAAAACAACAACUACGCGGUCGAGGUGGGCAAGGCCAACAGCUUUUCGCUUGUGGGGAUCGAGGGGUCUGACAUUGUGGACGGUGUUAAGGUGUUGACCUUGGGGCUUGUCUGGCAGUUGAUGAGACGCAACAUCACCCUCACGUUGAACGCGUUGAGCGCCCAUGGCGAGAUUUCCGACAAGGAUAUCUUGAAGUGGGCCAACACGAAGGCUGGAAGAAACCCCGUCAGGUCGUUUGGUGACAAGUCCCUUGCGAACGGUAUUUUCUUCCUUGAUAUCUUGCACGGCUUGAAGCCGGGCUAUGUGGACUAUGAUUUGGUCAAUGGGGGUGACAGCGAGGAGGAGAUCUAUGCGAACGCAAGAUUGGCGAUUUCGAUCGCGAGAAAGUUGGGUGCGUUGAUCUGGUUGGUUCCGGAGGACAUCAAUGAGGUUAGAAGCCGUUUGAUUUUGACGUUUGUGGGCUCAUUAAUGUCGUUGGAGCUCUAA